AACAUUGGUGCAGUCAAACAAUCGAGAUAUCAUUGCGUAAAUAGUAUUCCAAAAAUUUCGUGAUUUACAUCAAAAUUUACGCACAUAAAGGCGGUUGGAUUUUUUGGGCCGCGAAGCUGACUGAUUGGUCACAUAAGAUAUGCCUUCUGAUAACGAAUCGGAUGGAGAACUGGAGGAGAACUACUAUACAUUUCUGAACCUGCCACGGGAUGCCACCGCCGACCAGAUUAACACUUCCUAUCGGAAGCAAAGCCGCAUUUACCACCCGGACAAGCAUUUGGAUGCGGAGAGUAAAAAGAAAGCGGAAAUUAUGUUCAAUCGCACUAAACGUGCCUAUGAAGUGUUGUCCGAUCCCCACCAGCGAGCCAUCUACGAUUCGGUGGGUGUGAAGGGUCUCAAGACCGAGGGCUGGGAAAUAGUACAUCGCACCAGGACGCCAGCUGAGAUUAGAGAGGAGUACGAACGUCUAGCGCAGGCGGCUGCCGAACGUCGCCUUCAGCAAAGAACCAAUCCGCGGGGUAAUAUCACAAUCAAUGUGAAUGCCACAGAGAUAUUUGCUCCCUACGAUGACACAGAGAUGCCACGGGUGGAAAUUGGCUCCAUGAGCAUUGCACAGUCGAUUGAGGCUCCUAUAACCCGAAAGGACAUGAUUGUGAUGAGCGGCAAUCUAUAUUCCUCAAAUGGCACUGGCAGCGGUGGCUUUGUCGUGGCUGGACGACGACUUUUGAACAAGGGAUGGCUUGAGCUCUGUGCCGGAGCGGGCAAUGGUUUCCUAUUGGGUUUAAAGGGUGGUCGCACUCUUACAUCUAAGCUGACGGUGAACGGUGGCACCAAUCUGAAUUUCCGUGAACAUGCUGUAAUCCCUGCCCUCUUUUCCACCCUGGCUGUACAAUUGGACAAACAUACAAUGGGCAGCCUAACGCUAAAUGCAGGACCACAGUCUUCUAUGACCACACAGAUCGAUCACUCCAAUGAUCAGUACUCGUUAAGCUCGUCCUUUGUGAUUGGAACUCCUCACAUCUAUUUUAGUUUGGCUUACACACGCAAAAUGAUGGAGAACGAGCUAAAGCUUAAACUGGCGGCCAAGGUGGGCACAUUUGGAUUCAUGGGCGAGUAUGGAGUGGAGAAAAAGGUUUCCAAGUAUAGCUCAGUAGUUGCUACAGUAUCAGUAGGUGUUCCAUCGGGAGUUAUAUUAAAAUUUAAAAUUGUACGUUCAAAUCAAUCGUAUGUGUUCCCUAUACAUUUGAGCGAAGAAAUUGUUCCAGCUGCUGUGUUCUAUGCCUCCAUUACGCCAGUGAUUGCGUGGUUCUUUAUUAAGAAAUCCAUAAUGGAACCCAUGGAGGCUGAACGCAAAAGCAUUGAAGUGGAGCGCACCAAGAAACAAAAUGAGCAGCGAUUGGCUGCCAAGAAACUGGAGGCCAGUGCAGCAACGCAUCUAAUGCAACGCACUUUCAAUCGGAUUCUCAAUGAGGAAAUGUUGAAACAUGGUCUAAUCAUAACUCGAGCUACAUACGGAUGCCUAAGUGAAAGCGGAAAUAAUUUCCAGGCGGGUUUGUCUUACGAUGUGACCAUACCCAUACAAUGUCUAGUCAAGGAUGGCACCUUGCAGCUUUACGAGUCCUCAAAGUGUGAUCUGCCUGGCUUUUAUGAUCCCAGCAUUGGGGACGACAAGAUCCUACGCAUAGAGUACACCUUUAAUGAUCAGUUUAAGAUUGUUAACCUAAAGGACAAUGAGGCUCUGCGACUGCCCCCGGCUGGGAACUCUGGAGGUUCCUCACCAAACAAUUAGCAUAAAUCUUCAGUUCUGUUUGUACUUGUUUUCAACGGUAAUAUAAUAGCAUACAAUUUAUAA